UUGAACCUGUUGAGUUUAGGGUUGCGUUAUCUCCAGAGAGCCAACACUACAAUGAAAAGAUGUUGAAAGGCAUUGACACAGCAGUCCAUGACCUAGAGACACAUGUUUCAGUCUCCUCCCAUAAAGUCAACACGCUUGUAGAGCACGUUGGGACUGCUGUUGGGACGCUGGGCCUCAUGCUGGGGAUGAAAGGAUUUUUUAAUGCCUAUGAACAGGGUGAUGUCAAAGAUGGUGUGGUGGGAACUUUGCAAACGACUCAUGGAGUGAUAGCUAUGACAACGUCUGUUAUUGCGAGACAAACUCUGUCCUCAGAGGCAAGAAUUGCCAGAGCUGCAACAGCAAUCAUGGAAAGUCCUGUAAUGAAGGGCACAAUGACUGUUAUACCAUUAAUUGGGAUUGGAUUUGGGAUAUACAAUUAUGAACAAGAUAUGGAGAGAGGUGACACACAGGGAUACAUUGAUGCUGCCUUAGAUGGUGUUAUGUUGGAACUGGAUGUUGUUGAAAUCAUGCAGCCUGAACUGGCACCAUUUAUAAUGCCUAUAAACCUGGCCCUAUCAGUAGUCCGGAUGGCCAUUGAUGACAUUUAUAUGGGCAUACAGAAUGAACUGAACAGCCUCCCAAAGGAUGCUGGAGUUCCAGAAAAACUGCUGGCUGUUUUUCGUGGCUUUGGGAAGGGAAUUUUGCAUUUUGGAAUUCAUGUGGCAAGUAUCUUUUAUGAUUGGUGUUAUGAUGAAAUUGAGGAGGGACACAGACUAGUUGCACAGAUAUCAGAUUAUCACAAAUAUUACAGAGUUACAAAAGAACAGGAUGGAACAAGCGCCAUUGAUUUUAGUGGUGGGGACUCUGCUUGGAACGGUGGUGGUAUUAACUUCUGUUUGGCAGACCAGGGACAGUCUGAAUUCUGCAUGAACUAUUUUGUGUCUAGCGAUGAGAGUUUUAGACAGAGGUGUUGGAAGAUUGAUACAUAUGGAAACAAAGAUAUUAUGCUUGGCCUGGGGGAAUCACAUCAGUUAGAGUACAAGACACUACAGAAAAAAGUACUUAUAUUCAUACCAGCCGGCUCUGUGACAGUGGUUUCAGGUUAUAAAGCUGUAUCUAAUUCCAGAUAUGGGAUAUACAAAGGGAAUAGAGAUUCUAAUCGUUUUUUUGCAAUUCAGAAAGCAGAUGACCAACAUAUGAUUGAAGUCAUGUUAUGUUAUUAUUACGAGCUUUAUGGUGAACCAGGUGAUGAUAUAUUCUUCCUCGGUCCACAGAAAAGUUACGUUAAAGGCUCUGGUGGAAAAGACACAUACAUCAUUCCAGAAAACGGAGGGAAAACAAUUAUUAACAACUACGAUCCUUCCAAAGCAUUAGACACUCUUCAUUUUAGUGUUAAUUACAGUGACAUUUCUGUGUCUAAAUCUGGAGAUGAUGUUGUGUUAAUGUAUGCGGGGAGUCAUACGGUCACCAUAGAAGGGUGGUUCGUAGGGGAACUGUAUCGUCACAUGAACAUCAUGUCAGGAGACGGGGUCUUAUUUGAGAUUUCUUCUACUGUGGUUUCUUCUGUCAGGCUGAUGGCCACAGGAAUUAACAUGAUGUUUAAGAAUCGCAGCGAAAUUGUGAAUGCUUCACAACCACUUUUAAGUUCAGUAACAACCAUCUUUGGGUCUCGGUACGAUGAUGUGCUCAUUGGGAAUGAAGAGAAGAAUCUGAUGGAUGGAGGAGGAGGUAGAGAUCAUUUAAUCGGUGGUGAAGGAGAAGACAUGUACAUACUGAAAGCCAGACAACAGUCCUCAGUAUUUAUUGAAAAUUACUCCAGAGACAAUAAAACAGACAUGGCCAUAAUAGAAGCAAAUCUUCACACUUUUAAUGUCAGGAUAGAUGGUGAUAAUGUUGUUCUGAACGCUUUCCAUGAGAAUACAGCCAUCAAUGUGACUUUAGUGAGGUGGUUCAGAUCACCAGCAGACAGACACUUGCUUGUUGUGACAAAAGAUCUGAUAACUUUCACAAUCUCUGAUAACAAGACUGACUGCCUACGGACUGAUCCCUUCACCAAGUGCAUAAAAAGUCGCAACAUUGACUACAGCAGCUCUCCAUCUGCUCUAGUGGUAGACCUUCAGGAGGACGAGGCUUUUCACAGCGUGACAGAGGUCCGCGGGUCAGCAUUCGACGAUGUCAUCAGAGGGAACAAAGAACACAACGUUGUUGUUCCAGGAAGAGGAAAUGAUUUUAUGCAAGGUAAAGGAGGAGAGGACUGGUACAUUAUCACACCAGGACAAGGAGUAAAAACCAUCAACAAUCAAUCACCAGAUCUAACCGUGGACAUACUCUUUCUAAAAGAAGAAUAUCAGAACAUCACAUGCACGUGUGAAGGACAGAACAUCACAAUUUCGGUCUACGGCAGAAAAGAUGUUAUUUUACAGAACUGGUUUAAUUCAAAGAGUUAUCAGCACCUGCAGAUCAAGACCAGUGAUGGAAUAACAGCUGAACUGAUGUCCAACCGCAGCAGCUGUGACAAGUUUUUAUUGGUACCCUUAACUGUUGACUAUAGAAACCAGAAACCUGAAUCACUUCAAACAACUGAGAUAUCAGAUGAGGUAUUUUUAUCCAAAUAUGAUGAGUGUUUCAGAUACCGAAGCAAAAAUUCAGAGGACAGACACCUGUGCGACCUUCAAGGCAAAGUAAUGUUAAUGAAUAAUACCAAUUCAGUGAAAGAAAUGUAUGGCUCCUCAGGUUUCGACAUCAUGGCUGGGAACAGCAAUGAGAAUUUGCUUGAUCCUUACACUGGGGGUGGACUGAUGUUUGGAGGUGAAGGAAAAGACACCUACAUAAUCAAACAUGAGUAUGGAACCAACUUAAUGAUUGAUAACUUUGCAGAAGAUCAGAAUAUUGAUACUGUGAUGGUUGAUAUGGAUUUCCUCGGUGGCAGUCAAGUUGCACUGGAAUCAACAACAACACAUCUGAAUGUGAUGAUCACGACAAAAGGGGAACAACUAAAAUUGAGUUUGAUCAAUUACACAAAAGGCUACCAACAUCAGCACCUGGAAUUCCAGAGCUCUGACGGAGUGAAAUUUAAACUGAAAUCACUAAACUCAACUGUAGAUGACUCUUUCUUUCACAUUGAAGCUUUCAAAGUCACUUUGAAACAGUCUCAGGCUGACUGCCAUUUGGACCUCAGCUUUCAGAGGAAUCUGUCUAAAGUCCAUACAGUGCAGGGCUGUUCCUCCCUGCCCAAUAACAUACUGGGUAAUGCUCAAGACAAUGCUCUAAUUGGUGGCUGGAGGGACGACGUGUUUGAAGGAGGCGAAGGAAAUGACACACUGAUUGGAGGGAACGGAAAUGACAUCCUCUUUGGUGACUUGGGAGACGACACUCUUUAUGGCGAGGAUGGAAAUGACACUAUGAUGGGAAACUGUGGCUGGGAUGUCUUCAUUCCUGGAUAUGGGGCUGAUCUAGUGGACGGAGGUCCUGGCAGAGACACUGUUCUGUACAAGGGCGAUCAUGACACAGGUAAAGGGGUUUAUGUUAACCUGCUGACUGGACAAGGCCGCUAUGCUGACGCUGAGGGGGACGUGUUGAAAGACGUGGAGACGGUCAUUGGCACCAUUUAUUCUGAUAUCUUGGUGUCUGGUUACGGAAGUUCUCUUCUCAAAGGCUCGGAUGGCAAUGACAUCUUGGUGUCCACUGGUGGUGAUUACCUGGUUGGGGGUGAAGGAAAUGACAUUUACAUGGUGGCUUUUGACCAGGGUUCAGUCGCCAUUAACAACUGUGCAAAGGACAAUGCCACAGACGUCUUGUACUUCAGCUCACGCUCAACACACCAAUUUGACUGCCAACUGUUAUCUGACAGAGUUCUUCUGACUUUCAUUGGACUUAAUCAUACUACUGUUGAAAUUUCAGUAGAAAGCUGGACCAGUGAUGAUAAUGAAUGUGGUCAUUUGAAGUUGAUUUUCAGAGAGGAGGAGGUGUCGGUGGACGGCAUGGUACAAGAGUGUCAGUUAAGACAGAAGGAGGCCAUUUGGUCUUUAGCCAUACGUUGGAUUAUCAGCACCAGUCUUGUCCUCUUUCACUGUAUUUUCAUUUUAUGGAAAUGCAGAAAAUCAGAAAACAACAAAAGAUGCAGAAAGAAAUGAAAGGUUGAUGCAGAAUUAGUUUCCAUGUUCUUUGAUGCAAUGUACAAUUCUGUGGUGCUACAGCUGAAAUGUAUAUUUGAAUGUGAGAACACAGUAUCUGAAUUUUGUCAACCAUUUGUUGUUCUUGUUCUUCAUCUUCAUUUAUCAUUUGUUGCUUGCAAUUAUUUGUAGUCGUUGGGUGUCUAGCAUUAGUUUCUAGUUAGAAGUAAGGUGUCUGAAUGGAUCACAUUUAGUAAUCAAUCAACUACAUAUUGAGGAAAAAAAUACUUAUAUCAAUAUUAUAAUAAAAUACAUCCUGGGCCUUGCUGCUUUUAGCUUGGGUACAUAUAGAUUAUCAUGACAAUGGACAUCACUGUCAUAUAAUCGCAUAAUUGAGAAAAUCAGUCUUGAAUAUUUUGGUUCAAUUUUACCUUAAGGCCAACCAAUCAAAGCCAGUUAGGGCGUAUUUGGAGGCCUAAAACAAGGUAUAUCUAACAUUCUGACCACAGUUAUCUGUGACAUGGGCUUUGUAAAACACUGUACUAAAAAAGGUUUAGGACUAGCUAGCUUUUGGGAUACCCUUUACACCUUUCACACAUGUAGCCAAACACUGUCUAGAUACACUAGGGUUAUAGGUUAGUGCCACCAUUGCAUGUUUUGAGUUGUUUUUUUAGAUAAGUUAGUUGAGCCUUUUGUUUGUAUUUUGUUUACUGGCAGUUAGUAGUUAAGGCUCAGUUUUGUUAUAUUAUUUGAAUUUUAUUUUGCACAACCGCCCCGUCCAAAACCCCCUCACACUUCUGAGAAUAUUUGUCUUUAUUAAUAGCAAUUUGUAAAAUAAAUCUCCU